AUGGAUUCUUCCGUCUUUGUUCCAUAUGAUAAACCGAUAUCGACGUGGAAGAGUCUAUUAACUAGUUUGAGUUCUGCUGAAUGUGAUUUUGUAAAGUUGUACUUGGGUCAAGCGUUGAUCGAACAAUGCGAAGAAAUUGAAGGGGAAAUUGACAGUUUGCUUGAAAUUUGGCGAGAUUAUCGGAAUGAAACAAUCGCGCCAUGUAUCGAUCCAACUCUACCCACUCUAGCUGAGCCGCCGGUGUUACGUGAACGACUGACAACUGAAAUCGAGUUUUUCGUUAAACAUAUUCAUGAACAAUGUGCAAAUAAUGAUCAAAUCCUUCGACGUCGUCUAUCGGGUGGACAUAACUGGAACGCGAUUAAUUAUGCGCUGGUCACCGGUACUGGUGACGAUGAACGUCGUAUUCGUGAACGACCUGUAUCUGCACGAGAUCGUCAAGGACGAGAAACACCUGUCUUGCUUAUUCCUGAACCAGCGGCUAAUAUUGAUGAAACACAAACUGCCAAUCCACUUUCACCGCGAAUAGUUUCGUCUGUCGAUGUUGAUACCGUUCGGAAUAAAUUGGGAGAUUUUACUCUCGAUGAUAUGAUCGAACAUUUACGACAAGCUAUUCGAGAUGAUAUUAAAACACUUGAAUUCCACGUGACAUAUUUACAUCAAAAAUUAGAAGAAGAAGCGGAUUAUCGUUCGAAAACCAGAGGUCUCCUCAGAGAACCAACUCUUGGAGAACUCAAAGAUGAACGUAAUCGACUUGAGAAAGAAGUAUUUAAGACUGCUGAUGUACGAAUUUCUCCUGAACCGGCGAAAACUUUACAAAGGCAAACCUCCUUACAAGAUAACUCUAGUCGCCGUUCAUCUACUAGUUCAACGACAAGUUCCCGGUUAUCGAUCGAUAGCGUUUCAACAAAGGAAAUGCGUUCUAGUGGACCUUUACGUGCAUAUGCCGCGGAUCCCAUCGGUCCAACUAAGCCUCGCUUAGCAAUCGAUCGAAAAGCUCCAUCAAAAAUCAAAACUGAUUCACCUGUCUUAGUACCUUUGGGUUCUAUUAAACAACAAGAUUUACUAAAGAAAUAUCCACUUCUAUCGGCGACAACCACGUCUACGAAAUCAACUAAACCAUCGGAAACAUCAACGACACGAGUAAAUUCUGCAGAUAGAUUCCGACGAAUGGUCUUGGAUUGUCGAGAAAUAAGCAGUUGA